GCACGGCGGCCAUGCAGGCAGCAGACGCAGGCACUGCUGGAGCCGAAGGCCUGGACAGCCAGGAUGGCUACGCCACCCUGCGGGGUGCAGGCGCGGCAGCCGCUGUUGCCGGCGGAGCUCCGCGUGUUGCCCGAGCACAGAAUGCCUCAGGGUGGGGCGGAGAGGCAGCAGUCACGCGCCCUCAGUGUGCCUUUUCCGUCCCCCUUGGAGGCAGACAUUGCCCGUGGAUCCCUGGACCCCGAUGCGGAACCCCACCGAGAGGCAAUUCGGAAGGACCUCACAGUGAGCGGCAGCGUCCUAGCCGUCUGCUGGAGAGCUGAAGAUGCUCACCUCCUCCGAGUUUCCAUCAUCAACUUUCUUGACCAGCUUUCCCUGGUGAUGCGAACCAUGCAGCGCUUUGGGCCCCCUCUUUCCCGCUAAACCUGGGCUGGGAAAAGGGGGCUGAGACCCAACCUUGUAUCCGGUCCUAGGCAGUGGACCCUUCCCACAGCAGGGAUUCCUGCAGUAGGUGCCACUUUCCUAUGGGGCCCUAAUCUGCCUGCAGUGGCCCUUGGGCACUUGCAGGUCACUCGUUUUGUUUAGCGCUUCAGUGUUUGUCUCUGCAGCAAAUAAAACUGAGCUACUAUUCCA